AUGGAAGAUACAAAAGGCGAUAGACCCACUUCAGUCUCUUAUUCAAAAUUGAAUUUAGAAUAUAUAGAUGCUGCUUCUGUGAAAAAUAUAGAUGAAGUAAUCUCAAUUAAUGAUCAAGUAGAAGAAAUCUCCCUAAAUAGUAACUAUUCGAAGCAAUCAAAAAAUCUUCUAUAG